ACCUCAAGACCCAGGCCCAGCAUUAGAUGACCAAACCCCUAGGCCUCAAAGCUGCAAGACACAUCCUCACCCAACCCCCAUGUCAAAACCCCUCCAGCAGCAUGUAGCACCUCAGGUGUUGCACAAUGUUACCACAAGAUGUUCCAUGUAGAUAACCCUAACGGGCCCCCUAUCACAAGAUGUUCCUUUUAGACAGUCCUACUGGUUAAACUUGAGAACUAGGUUUAAAAACAGGAACUGAAAGGACAGAAUGCAAUUUUAUGGUUUUUCUGAGAACAAAAAGUUGAAAAACAAGUUUACCCCCCUAGGUGACUCAACUGCUGAAUUCAGAGGGACCAAUAGGAAGGCUGUUGCUGUGCUAAGCUAAGACCUAACCCACCUGUUCCCUAUAAAAGAUCUAUACCCCAAAGCUCGGUGUGCCAGCUCAUCGAAGCUCUGGCUGAGGUUUUGCUGUGCACCCGCAGGCGCCUGUGUGAGAAUAAACGCCUCCUGCUUUUUGCAGCCAGUGUCUCGUGUGGUUCAUUCCGGGUUUGGGAUCUGUGGAUAUUUCAUUGUGGAGGUUCCACCGAGAUCCAAGAUCCCGGUUCCGGUUCCGAUCCCGGUCCCUAUCCGGAGGACACCCGACAUCACUGGGAGGUAAGCUGGCCAGCUCAAACUGACUGUCUUGUUGUCCUGUUGGUUAUCUGUUCUUUGUUCCGCGCAGCGUCUGUAAGACUAUAUGAUCCUAGGCAUAGUCAUUUAGUAUUCUGAGUAUUCUGAGGCAGUUCUGUCAUUUAGUAUUCUGAGGCAGCUUGAGAAGGAGUUGACGAACUCGGACUUCUCCCCUGCCACCCUGGGAGACGUCCCAGGGAUCAGAAGGGUCCAUUUCUUUGGGGCCCCCGGUGUUUCCGAGGGUUACACCAUUUUUGUAGGCGACAAAGAAGUACAAACUUCUCCCAGGCCAUCUGAUUUGUUCGGUUUCCACCGAAGCCGCGCAGCGAUCUCACUGUUUGGUUUCGUUUUUGUGUCAUUGUGUCUGUCUCUCUAUUUCCUCUCUGAAAGUAACAUGGGACAAUCACUAACAACCCCUUUGAGCCUAACUCUAGAUCAUUGGCAAGACGUUCAAGAUCGGGCAGACAACCUGUCCGUGGCAGUCAAAAAGAAAAAAUGGAAAACUCUCUGUACUUCAGAAUGGCCAACAUUCAACACCAGCUGGCCAGCAGAAGGGACUUUUAAUACUGAUCUUAUUUUCCAGGUGAAAACCCGAAUCUUCACCCAUGGUCCUCAUGGACACCCUGACCAGAUACCCUACAUUGUUACCUGGGAGGACUUAGCCUCCAACCCCCCCCCUUGGGUUGCUCCUUUCUCUCCACCCAAACCCCCUCUCCGUCCUCCCCUUGAACCCUCUGCUCCCCUCAUUCCACUUCCCCCUCCCCAAACCUCUCAUCUUUACCCUGUUCUUAACAAAUCUGAGACCUCAGUUAAAACAGGGACAACACCAAAGAAGGUUCUACCGCCGGAGGACUCAACUCUAAUUGACUUGCUGACUGAUGAGCCUCCUCCCUAUCAGCCCCAGCCCUUACAAGCCCCUGAACCUGAUCAAGCAUCCUCCGAGGACGAGAACCAAGAAGGCCCAGUCGCCAAUGCUCCCCCGGAUCCUUCUCCCAUGGUGGGACGGCUCCGGGGACGCCGGGAUCACACCGCCUCAGGAGACACCUCCAGAGUUCUCCCCCUGCGACAGACGGGAGGCCCCAAUGGCCAAUAUCAGUAUUGGCCUUUUUCUGCCUCUGACCUCUAUAACUGGAAAACCCAUAACCCUUCCUUUUCUAAAGACCCUACAGCUCUAACCUCUUUGAUUGAGUCUAUCCUAGUAACUCAUCAGCCAACAUGGGAUGACUGCCAGCAGCUCCUGCAAAUUCUCCUCACUUCAGAGGAGAAACAAAAAGUUCUUUUGGAAGCUCGCAAAAAUGUGCCAGGGGACGAUGGGCGUCCCACCCAACUCCCAAAUUUGAUUAAUGAAGCUUUUCCUUUAACCCGGCCAAACUGGGACCAUGCGACUGAAGCAGGUAGGGACCACCUACGUCUCUAUCGCCAGUUACUCAUAGCGGGUCUCCAUGCAGCAGGGCGACGACCCACUAAUUUGGCUCAGGUAAGACAGACUACCCAAGGGGCAACAGAAACCCCGACAGCAUUUCUAGAAAGAUUGAAAGAGGCAUAUCGGAGGUUUACUCCUUUUGAUCCUGAUAGCGAGGACCAAAAAGGAAAUGUAUCUAUGGCUUUCAUUUGGCAGUCCGCCCCAGAUAUCAGGUCUAAAUUGCAGAGACUAGAUAACUUGCAAGAUUUUUCUCUGGCAGACUUACUGAAGGAAGCCGAAAAGAUAUAUAACAAAAGAGAAACUCCAGAAGAACGAGAGGACAGGAUCAGAAAGAUGCAGGAAGAACGAGAACUUAAGCUUAGAGAGGAAUCAGACAAAAAAGAAAGGGAAAGAGAACAAAGGCGUAACAGGGAACUAAGUAAAAUAUUGGCCACCGUAGUUCAGGCAGGACAUCAGGGAAACAAAGUAAACAGGGACAGGGAGCAAAGCAGACCCCGUGUAGACCGAGAUCAAUGUGCCUACUGCAAGGAAAAAGGACACUGGGUAAAAGACUGCCCAAAGAGACCCCCCAACCCCAGGAGAGAUACCAACCGGGCUCCCCGACUGCUAACAUUAGAUGAGGAUUAGAGGAGUCAGGGCCAGGAGCUCCCCCCUGAGCCCCGGGUAACUCUACAAGUAGGGGAGCAACCUGUGACCUUCCUAGUGGAUACCGGAGCCCAACACUCAGUGCUGACACAGACACCAGGACCCAUGAGCCACAAAACGACGUGGGUCCAAGGUGCCACUGGGAGUAAACCCUACCGGUGGACCACCACGAGAGAAGUACACCUUGCCACAGGUAAGGUUUCUCAUUCGUUCCUACACGUGCCUGACUGUCCGUAUCCACUGUUGGGAAGAGACUUAUUGGCUAAAUUGAGAGCCCAAAUUUAUUUUAAAGAUGGGGGCGUCUCCAUCACGGGGCCAAACCAGACUCCAUUACAUAUAUUGACUUUCAAAUUGGAAGACGAAUAUAAACUUUUUGACAAGCCCUCGGUACCUAUGAAAGACAUGGACUAUUGGCUUAGUUCCUACCCGGAGGCCUGGGCUGAAACCGGAGGAAUGGGAUUGGCAAAACAACGGCCCCCAAUAGUCAUUCAUCUGAAGGCCGCUGCUACUCCCAUUAAUAUCAAACAAUAUCCUAUGUCAAGAGAGGCCUAUCAGGGCAUCAAGCCGCAUAUCAAACGCCUCCUAGACCAAGGCAUCCUAACACCUUGCCAAUCGCCCUGGAACACCCCACUACUACCAGUUAAAAAGCCGGGGACUAAUGAUUACAGACCAGUCCAAGACUUAAGGGAAGUUAACAAGAGGGUAUGCGAUAUCCACCCCACAGUGCCAAAUCCUUACAAUCUCCUUAGCACUUUGCCUCCUACUCAUACUUGGUAUACUGUUCUGGAUCUGAAAGAUGCUUUUUUCUGCCUAAGACUGUCUCCCCAAAGUCAGGCUCUCUUCGCAUUUGAAUGGAAAGAUCCAGAAGGGGGAAUCUCUGGACAGCUGACCUGGACGAGACUGCCACAAGGAUUUAAAAACAGCCCAACACUCUUCGAUGAGGCUUUGCAUCAGGAUUUGGCAGACUUCCGUGUAAGGCACCCUUCCCUAAUCAUGCUCCAAUAUGUAGAUGACAUCUUGCUGGCUGCGACCUCCGAGGAAGAUUGCCAGGCAGGUACGGAGAAAUUAUUGCAAACUUUGGGGCUACUAGGGUAUAGGGCGUCAGCAAAGAAGGCCCAAAUCUGUCAGACAAAAGUUACCUAUCUGGGCUAUGAACUCCAUGAUGGUCAACGAUGGUUGACAACUGCCAGAAAAGAGACUAUCUCAAGUAUACCAACCCCCCAGAGUCCCAAGCAACUGCGGGAAUUCCUGGGGACCGCAGGUUUCUGUAGACUCUGGAUUCCUGGGUUUGCUGAGAUAGCAGCCCCCUUGUAUCUACUAACUAAGCAAGGUAACUCCUUUGCUUGGACUAAGGAACAUCAAUUGGCAUUUGAUAACAUCAAAUUGGCUCUUCUGUCAGCCCCUGCUUUGGGCUUACCGGACAUUACCAAGCCCUUUGAUCUGUUUAUAGAUGAAAAACGGGGAUAUGCAAAAGGGGUUUUAACCCAAAAACUAGGGCCCUGGAGGCGACCUAUAGCCUACCUGUCAAAGAAAUUAGAUCCAGUGGCAGCAGGAUGGCCACCAUGCCUCCGGAUGAUUGCAGCUGUGGCUCUGCUGAUUAAGGAUGCCACUAAACUGACUUUGGGACAGCCAUUAACCCUGUUAACCCCUCAUGCCAUCGAAACUGUGAUUCGCCAGCCGCCUGAUCGCUGGAUGUCAAAUGCCCGACUCACCCAUUACCAGUCUUUGUUAUUGGACACCGACCGAAUUCAGUUUGGUCCCAUGGUGACGCUGAAUCCAGCGACCCUCCUGCCGCUCCCAGGAAAAGCCGAUCCUCACAACUGUCAGCAGAUUCUUGCAGAGACACAGGGAACCCGGCCGGACCUCACCGACCAACCGAUGAAGGAUGUGGAGCUGGUCUGGUACACAGAUGGAAGCAGUUAUCUGCUCAAUGGAGAACGACGAGCAGGAGCAGCCGUCACCACCGAAUCUGAGGUAAUAUGGGCGAGUGCACUUCCGGGCGGAACAUCAGCUCAGCGGGCAGAACUGAUAGCGCUGACUCAAGCGUUAAAGUUGGCAGAGGGGAAGAAACUAAACGUGUACACUGACAGUAGAUAUGCCUUUGCUACUGCUCACAUACACGGAGAAAUUUACAGACGCCGGGGUCUACUAAGCUCAGAAGGAAAAGAGAUCAAAAAUAAGGCUGAAAUAUUAGCCUUACUUAAAGCUUUAUUCUUGCCUAAAAAGUUAAGUAUCAUGCAUUGCCCCGGUCAUCAAAAAGGUAAUACUCCAGAGGCCAAAGGGAACAGAUUAGCAGAUGAAACGGCCAAGAAAGCAGCCCUAGGGCCACAGCUUUUGAUAGUGACUCUAUUGCCCCAACGAGCAGACCCACCACAUGAUGACCAUGAAGAACACUGGGUCUAUGAAGAUAAAGAUUUAGAUGCCAUACAAAAACUGGGGGCCACUUAUGACCCCGGGAAAAAUGUCUGGAAAUAUCAAGGAAAGACUAUCAUGCCCCUCAAAAAUUCAAAACAAUUAGUAAAGUCCCUACACAGACUAACACACCUUGGGGCUAAAAAGAUGAAGGAGCUCUUAGAGCGUGGGGAAGGUACUUUAUAUCUUCCAAACAGGGAUCAACUUCUGCGCCAAGAAGCAGAAAACUGUCAAGCAUGUGCCCAGGUAAAUGCUGGUAAGAUCAAAAUUGGAACAGGGAUCCGGGUAAAAGGCCAUAAGCCCGGAACCCAUUGGGAAAUAGACUUCACUGAAAUUAAACCUGGUAUGUAUGGCUACAAAUAUCUUCUGGUUUUUGUUGACACUUUCUCUGGAUGGACCGAGGCAUUCCCAACUCGGCAUGAGACUGCUAAGGUGGUUGCAAAGAAAUUACUGGAAGAAAUCUUUCCCAGGUAUGGAGUACCCGGGACCAUUGGGUCAGAUAACGGGCCUGCCUUUGUCUCCCAGGUAAGUCAGAUGGUGGCCAAUACAUUGGGGAUUAAUUGGAAAUUACAUUGUGCUUAUAGACCCCAAAGUUCAGGACAGGUAGAAAGGAUGAAUAGAACCAUCAAGGAGACUCUAACUAAAUUAACGCUUGAAACUGGCACUAGAGACUGGGUACAACUCCUACCUUUAGCUUUAUACCGGGCCCGAAACACCCCAGGCCCACAGGGGCUAACCCCAUUUGAGAUUUUGUACGGUGCACCACCACCUGCUGUUAACUUUUAUGAAACUGAAACUUAUGCCUCCCUCACCCCAUCUAUGCAGACUCAUUUGCGUGCCUUGCAGUUGGUCCAGAACGAGGUUUGGAAGCCUCUAGCCGCAGCAUACAAGGAGGAACUCAAAACCCCCUCGCUGCCACAUCCCUUCAAAGUCGGAGACACCGUCUGGGUACGCAGGCACCAGAGCAAGAACCUCGAACCGCGGUGGAAAGGACCUUACACCAUCCUGCUGACCACUCCCACUGCAAUCAAAGUGGACGGCAUCACCGCUUGGAUCCACGCUUCCCACGUGAAAGCUGCACAUCCGCAGGAGCCCACAGACGCCUCUCUGGAUCCAGAAUGGAAACUGCAACGCACCCAAAACCCGCUAAAGAUAAGACUUACACGUUGUUAAUCACUCUUGCUCUCUACGCUACUCCCCUCGUCCUAGGUAGUAAUCCCCAUACCCCCAUGAAGUUGACUUGGCAGGUGUAUUCCGAAACCGGAAAAAUAAUUUGGUCUAUUACAGCAGCCCACAUCCCUGGCACAUGGUGGCCUAUUUUGACCCCAGACUUUUGUCAACUAGCCGCUGAAUCAGACUCUUGGGAUAUUCCCGGCAACUCACAUGACCUCAGUACUUAUUGUUCUACCCCCAUAACGAGAUGCAGACUGGGUCAACAUGACUUUUACGUUUGUCCCAAAGAAGGGAGAAACCGAACCCAAGCACGUAGAUGUGGAAAUUAUAAAACAUACUUUUGCUCCUCCUGGGGCUGUGAAACUA